AUGGACGGGCCCCUGAACCUCUCCGCCACCCCGUGGGCAGCAGCGGCCAACCGGAGCGGCGGCGGGGCCCCCCCGGCGGCCCUGCCCGGCCGGGCCCCGCUGUCGGUGUUCGGCGUGCUGCUGCUCACCCUGCUGGCGCUGCUGGCCGCCGCCACCUUCCUGUGGAACGUGCUGGUGCUGGCCACCAUCCUGCGGGUGCGCGCCUUCCACCGCGUGCCCCACAACCUGGUGGCCUCCAUGGCCGUCUCGGACGUGAUGGUGGCGGCGCUGGUCAUGCCCCUCAGCCUGGUGCACGAGCUGGCCGGGCGGCGCUGGCAGCUGGGCCGGGCGUUGUGCCACGUGUGGAUCGCCUUCGACGUGCUGUGCUGCACGGCCAGCAUCUGGAACGUGACGGCCAUCGCCCUGGACCGCUACUGGUCCCUCAGCCGCCACCUGGAGUACACCCUGCGCGCCCGCCGCUGCAUCUCCAACGCCAUGAUCGCCCUCACCUGGGCCCUCUCCGCCGUCAUCGCCCUGGCCCCGCUGCUCUUCGGCUGGGGCGAGACCUACUCCGAGGGCAACCAGGAGUGCCAGGUCAGCCAGGAGCCUUCCUACACAGUCUUCUCCACCUUCGGCGCCUUCUACCUGCCGCUCUGCGUCGUGCUCUUCGUCUACUGGAAGAUCUACAAGGCGGCCAAGUUUCGCAUCGGAUCCCGGAAGAGCAACUCCAUCACCCCCAUCGCCCCCGAAGGGCUAGAGGUGAAGGAGGCCUCCCAACAAUCCCAGAUGGUCUUCACAGUCCGCCACGCCACUGUUACCUUCCAGACCGAUGGAGACACGUGGAGAGAGCAGAAGGAGAAGAAAGCUGUCCUCAUGGUGGGCAUCCUUAUUGGGGUCUUCGUACUAUGCUGGAUCCCCUUCUUCAUCACUGAACUCAUCAACCCUCUCUGCUCCUGUGACAUCCCACCCAUUUGGAAAAGUAUUUUUCUAUGGCUCGGCUAUUCUAAUUCCUUUUUUAAUCCACUGAUCUAUACGGCUUUCAACAAAAACUACAACAAUGCCUUCAGGAACCUGUUUUCCAGACAGCACUGA